AUGGGUUUCUUUGGUUUUCAAGACUCUUCUUCUCGUUAUGUUGGAAUUUGGUACUACAACAUUCCUGGUCCAGAAGUUAUUUGGGUUGCAAACAGAAACACACCCAUCAAUGGCAAUGGUGGUUCUUUUACUAUAACAGAAAACGGUAAUUUAGUUAUCCUUGAUGAAAACAAAAACCAACUAUGGUCUACCAAUGUUUCCAGCGUUCGAAACAAUAUGAAUAACACUGAAGCUUUUGUUAGAGAUGAUGGUAAUCUUGUUCUUUCAAAUGAUAAUGUGGUGUUAUGGGAAAGCUUUAAGCAUCCAAGUGAUACUUAUGUACCUGGUAUGAAAGUUCCUGUGAAUGGGAAGAGUUUUUUCUUCACUUCAUGGAAAUCAAGUACAGAUCCUUCAUUAGGGAAUCAUACUUUGGGAGUUGAUCCUAACGGGUUACCACCACAGGUAGUAGUUAGGGAUGGAGAGAGAAAAAUAUGGAGAAGUGGUUACUGGGAUGGUAGAAUUUUUACUGGUGUUGAUAUGACAGGCAGUUUUCUUCAUGGUUUUGUACUUAAUUAUGAUAAUAAUGGAGAUAGGUAUUUUGUUUAUAAUGAUAAUGAGUGGAAGUUGAAUGGUAGUUUAGUGAGGUUUCAGAUUGGUUGGGAUGGUUAUGAAAGAGAGCUUGUAUGGAACGAAAAUGAGAAACGUUGGAUUGAGAUACAAAAAGGGCCCCAUAAUGAGUGUGAAUUAUAUAACUAUUGUGGUAGUUUUGCUGCUUGUGAAUUGUCAGUGUUGGGUUCGGCUAUUUGUAGUUGCUUACAAGGGUUUGAACUAUGGGAUGAGGGGAAUUUGUCAGGUGGUUGUACGAGGAUCACAGCAUUGAAGGGUAAUCAGAGUAAUGGUAGUUUUGGCGAGGAUGGUUUCUUGGAGCGUACGUAUAUGAAGUUACCUGACUUUGCACAUGUGGUUGUUACUAAUGAUUGUGAAGGUAAUUGUUUGGAGAAUACUUCUUGUACUGCUUAUGCAGAAGUCAUUGGAAUUGGUUGUAUGCUUUGGUAUGGAGAUUUGGUUGAUGUUCAACAGUUUGAACGUGGUGAUGGAAAUACAUUGCAUAUUCGUCUUGCUCAUUCUGAUUUAGGUCAUGGAGGGAAAAACAACAAGAUUAUGAUUGUGAUAAUAUUAACUGUUAUAGCAGGGUUAAUCUGCCUAGGAAUAUUGGUAUUGUUGGUAUGGAGGUACAAGACAAAACUCAAAGUUUAUUUAGCUUCAUGUUGCAAAAAUAGUGAAGUACCACCUGUCGUUGAUGCACGCAAGAGUAGAGAGACGUCGGCAGAAAUUUCAGAAUCAGUUGAACUUAGUUUGGAAAGUAAUCGACUAAGCGCAGAGCUUCCAUUUUUCAAUUUUAGUUGCAUGUCAGAAGCUACCAACAAUUUUUCUGAAGAAAAUAAGCUUGGACACGGCAGAUUCGGUCCUGUGUACAAGGGGAAGCUUCCGACCGGAGAAGAAAUAGCAGUCAAGAGGCUUUCUAGACGGUCCGGCCAUGGUUUAGAUGAGUUCCAGAAUGAAAUGAGGUUGUUUGCAAAACUGGAACAUAGAAAUCUGGUUAAACUAAUGGGAUGUUCUAUUGAAGGAGAUGAAAAGUUGCUUGUAUACGAAUUCAUGCCGAACAAAAGCUUGGAUCACUUUUUAUUUGAUCCUAUCAAGCAAACACAAUUAGACUGGGCAAGACGUUAUGAAAUCAUUGAAGGCAUUGCAAGAGGACUACUUUAUCUGCAUCGUGAUUCAAGACUUAGAAUAAUUCAUCGAAAUCUAAAACCAAGUAACAUUUUGUUAGAUGAAAACAUGAAUCCAAAAAUAUCUGACUUUUGCUUGGCCCAGAUAUUUGGUGGAAACCAGAAUGAAGCCAGUACAACCAGAGUCGUUGGUUCACAUGGUUAUAUGUCUCAUGAGUAUGCUAUGCAAGGCUUAUUUUCAGUCAAGUCAGAUGUAUAUAGUUUUGGCGUAUUGCUACUAGAGAUUGUGAGUGGCCGCAAAAACACUAGCUUUGGUGAUUCAGAAUAUUCAAGUCUCAUAGGAUAUGCAUGGCAUCUAUGGAACGAUCAGAGAGCAAUGGAAAUUGUGGAUGCUUGCAUUCAUGAUUUGAGUCCCAACACUGAGGCUUUGAGAUGCAUACAAAUAGGGAUGUUAUGUGUGCAAGAUUCAGCAUCUCAUAGACCAAACAUGUCCGAUAUUGUUUCGAUGCUUGAGAGUGAAGCAACAACUCUUCCCUUACCUACGCAGCCUUUGGAUACUUCCAUCAAAAGAUCUGUGGACAGAGAGUGUUACAAGGAUGGUGUUGAUAUUUCAAAUGAUCUUGCAGUCACAACGGUAGAAGGGAGAUAG